AUUUUCCGAGCAUCUUGUAUAGAAGAAAACAACUGCUCUCAACUCCACAGUCCCCUAAAGCCGGACUCCGACAACCACCAUGAGGUCUCACCCUCCUCCUCUAUCCAAACCCGCCUACCCCCAACCCGAUGACGACGUCGACCCAUUAAUCCGACCCAAUGUAACCCAACCCGCGCUCCCCAGCGUUCGCAAGAAAGGAACCGGGGUCCGGCCCUGGCUCCUGCUCGAUUCCACCGGUCAGUCCCAGGUUGUGGAGGCUGGUAAACAUGCCAUCAUGCGCCGCACUGGCCUACCUGCCCGUGAUCUCCGGAUUCUCGACCCGCAACUAUCAUACCCAUCUACGAUUUUGGGUCGAGAGAGAGCGAUCGUCAUUAAUUUGGAGCAUAUAAAGGCAAUAAUUACAGCCCAAGAGGUUCUUUUGUUGAAUUCUAGAGACCCGUCUGUUAUACCGUUUGUUGAGGAGUUGCAAAGGAGGCUUUUGUGUCAUUAUAAUGCUAAAAAAGCCCAGGAGGUUGAUGAUUCAAAUUGGACAAAUUUGUACGACACUGAAGAACAACAAUCAAAGGCAAGUCACAAAAAUUUUCCAGAGGGCUUUCCGGAUUCUCAGGGUCAGGCUGAGAGAGGUAAGGAUGGGAAACCGGGUCUUGAAAAUCGAGAUGGAUCAAAUGUUCUUCCAUUUGAGUUUGUUGCACUGGAGGCAUGCCUUGAGGCUGCAUGUGGUUGCUUAGAAAAUGAAGCAAAAACACUGGAGCAAGAGGCUCAUCCAGCCUUGGAUAAGCUGACUUCAAAGAUCAGUACUCUCAAUUUAGAGCGUGUGCGUCAAAUUAAAAGUCGUUUGGUUGCAAUAACUGGCCGUGUUCAAAAGGUUAGGGAUGAGCUAGAACACUUGUUGGAUGAUGAUGAAGACAUGGCUGAGAUGUAUCUAACAGAAAAGUUGGUUCAACACCUAGAAAAUUCAUCCACAACCUCUUUAAAUGAGAGAGACGACAUGGAUGAUGAAUAUCUCCAAGCAGACAUGGACAAUAGGAUUCCUGUUGAAGUCUCAUUGGAAGUUCAUGGAGCUUCUACUAGUGGGGAGGCCGAUAUUCACAAUGCUGACAAUCCACAGGAUCAUCUGUUUAGUGCUCCUAAUGUGCUCAGCAGGGACAGUCAUGGGACACAUACCAGUACCACUAGAAGUGCUAUAAGCAAGCACCUUGAUGUAGAGGAGCUAGAAAUGCUACUGGAGGCAUACUUUGUUCAGAUUGAUGGCACACUGAACAAACUAUCCACGCUGAGGGAGUAUGUCGACGACACAGAAGACUACAUCAACAUAAUGCUGGAUGACAAACAGAAUCAUCUCCUACAAAUGGGAGUCAUGUUGACAACAGCAACCCUGGUGAUCAGCUGUUUUGUCGUUGUUGCCGGUAUUUUUGGCAUGAAUAUCAACAUCGAGUUAUUCAAUGAAGAAGUAGAAGUGGGAAUGCGCAAGUUCUUGUGGACUGUUGGGGGCAGCUGCACCGGUAGUGUAUUCCUGUAUGUAAUUGCUAUUGCCUGGUGCAAGCACAAGCGAUUAUUAGAAUAAUUGAUCGGCUUUAUAAAAUGAGGCCCAGCUGUACUAGGAGGCAAUAAAUCUGACUGGUGGUUGUAUGAUACUUUGUGACAAAAUUCUGACAGAACUCUCAAUGCAUAUAAUAUACAUGGUGUUCUCUAAGGGAUUUCGGUUCGAAUUCCCUGGAAUACCACAGGGAGGGGAGAGAGGUAUCUCCUUGUAUAGGUCUUCUUAAUAAUUCUAUACCCAGAAAACAUACAUGAUUUAUGGUGUAUUUGGAGAUUAUUACACACAGGCUUUAAUUGUAAUAAUUUUACAUAGCAGCAACACAACUGAACUGUGAGUUGAAUGGGCUUUACGUGGUA